AAGUGUGAAAGAGAUCAUUCCAAUAAUGGUAUGUUUCUAUUAGCUUUAAGAACAUGGUUGUGAUUAGAAAACAAGAUGGUGUGAUAAAGCCUUUAAUUUUCAAAAUUUAAUCCUUAAAUUUAAUAUAAUGCAUUUGAUCCAGAGACUUAAAACUGAUCUUUAAAAUCAAUUGGACUUCAAUGAGUCAUUACUUCCUUUGUCCCUGUAAUUUCAAUUAAUCUGAUCUAAGUGUGACUCCUUCUGGAUCAAUCCAUUAAUAAUAAAUAAAAUAAUUAACAAUUUCCUGUAUUUCAAGGACACCCAAAAUUGACAACCUGAAAUUGCCACUCAUUCUGCCUAAUUGUAGGGUCAACCCUAUGAAGCAAGUGGAUUUAGGAAAGUAAUUCAACAGAGCAAAUUAUGGAAGCUAGUUAAAGUAGAAAAAAGUAAACUCAGAAAUUGGCUGGAAUUACAGGUGAGAUUUAAGUCUAUAUAAAUGGGCUUACAUCAGAAUUCAGCAAUUUUGUGAUGACCGUAUUUAGAAGGAGGUUAUGAUAGGGUAGCCAGUGAAGAGUCUAUUAGUACCAAUGUGCUUUGGGUGCCAAUACCCAUUGCCUUCAACAUUUCUCUUCUCUUUUCAGCUGAUAUAACUAAGUAGAAACUAUUUUUGCACUUUGAACUCACUUUGCAGCAACUGAAGUAAAAUUUGGAUAAAGGGAAAAGCGGAAGAAAGAGGUAAAUUGUAAGUACAUUUUAAAGGCACCUGAAAAGCAGGACAAUAGAGGAAUACUGUCUCUGCCAAAUUGGAACAGCAGGGAAACAAUAUCAGCUUUCCAGAUUCAACACAAUGCCACCUACCUCUCUCUCUCUCUCUCUCUCUCUCUCUCUCUCUCUCUCUCUCUCUCUCUCUCACACACACACACACACACACACACACACACACACACACACAGGCCCCUGUAAAAUCAGUAACUGAAAUGUUCUCUCAGACUUUGUAUACAAAUGUUUGCAAAUGGAUCCACACUGAAAUAUUUGGUUUCCUGUUCCAUUUUGUGAUUACUGCCACCUGUUCCAAUAUAGCCCUCAUUUAUUCUCCUUUCUCCACAGUAUGUGGGAACCCAGGAAAUACCCUACGCAUUGUUGGGGGGCAACCAGCCUCAGAGAGGACCUGGCCCUGGCAAGUCAGCAUUUCAGUGAAAAACUAUCAUCUUUGCGGAGGCACCCUCAUCGCCAAGCAGUGGGUGCUGUCAGCGGCUCACUGUUUCUCAUUGAAACUUGACUUCACGAAGAUAAUAACUGUUCGGCUAGGUAUUUACCAGCUGGCAAACGAUUCAAAGGACACCGUGACAUCUACAGUUCAACAGGUUAUGAUCCAUCCCAACUACACCAGCAAAGCAGGUUCCAGUGCAGACAUUGCUUUAGUGGAGCUCACUUCCCCAGUGACGUACUCGGAUGCCAUCCUCCCAGUCUGCCUGCCAAAGUCCUCCAUGCAAUUCUCUACAGGUGCAAGAUGUUGGGUCACUGGAUGGGGACACGUUCAGCAAAAAGUGCCAUUGAAGCCCCCACAAACUCUUCAGGAAGUGGAGAUGCCAAUCUUAGACCGAGAUAAAUGCAACAUGCUCUUUAACAGAUCCCAACUGAAGGAUGUGAAAGACAAUCUUGUCAAGUCUGAUAUGAUCUGUGCUGGACACUUGGAAGGUGGCAAAGAUUCUUGCCAGGGUGAUUCUGGAGGACCCUUGGUUUGCAAUCACAAUGGAGUCUGGAUCCAAGCCGGGGUUGUGAGUUGGGGAAUUGACUGUGGUAAACCCAAUCUCCCUGGUGUCUAUGCCUCAGUCCCUUUUUAUGCUGAUUGGAUCCAAGCAAAGAUUGGAAUAUCUCAUAACAGCACUGAUAUAACAAGGAAUGGGGGGCUUCCUAAAAACCCCAGUGUGACACUCAUCUUGGUCUCUUUUGCACUAUUGCUCCAAUGAAUACCUCUACUCUCCCACCUUAUGUCAGUCAUCCUAUAAGAUACUUUAUUUUCAGUUCAUCGUCUGAGUGGACUAUUCUUCUUCAUGGUACCUGUGGUCAUACUACUUUCAAACUUCUUCUGAAUGUGGGCAUAUUUGCACUAUCCAUUCAAUUUUUAAAAACAAUUUAAUGAGUGGUUUACCUCAACGAAUGCUGAGAGAUUGCUAUCAUAAAAUGGAUCAAUGGACUGUCUUUCUAUUGUAUUUGUAACUCAAACUGAUUUUUUUUUUCUAAUGCUACAUGCCAUUUUCUAAGACUCAGUCUAAUAAUAAUAAUAAUAAACUUUAUUUAUACCCCGCCACCAUCUCCCCAACGGGGACUCGGGGCGGCUUACAUGGGGCCAUGCCCAGAACAAUAUAAUAUAAACAAAAUAUAAUAGAACAACAAAUCAUAGCACAUUAAACAACCCAAUAAAAGAAAAUAUACACUACUGAGUAUGCAUUACUUCUAAAGAAACUUGUCUAGGACAGUUAGAAACCCACUGAUGUUCUCAAGAUGUUUUAGAAAGAGAUAAGCUUUUUGCUCUUGCAUAAUACAUUUCAAGAUAAAUUCAACUGUGGGAAGUUUUUCGUAACCCACAGGAAACUGAAAAUAAAAGGAGAGAGAAACCAGGAAAUGUUAAAUGUAGCUGGAAAAGUGGAAUGGCAGAAGUUUAACCAAGACUGUUCCUACCAAAUCAAAACAGUUGGAGGAAACAAGUAUUGCCUAAAAUAUACCUGUCUACUUUAAUUCCAGCUGACACUCCUUAAGCUCCCUCUCUUCUCUCAAAUGGCCAUUACUAGAACAAUCUUGAGAGACAAAAGAAGCAAUAUGCAAAAGACCAAUGUUUGCUUAGAUGCCUAAUCUGACAAUCAGUUGCAAUGUAUAACCUUUGUAGAAUUACUUUUUAAAAAAUCUUCUUGCAAACUGGUUUCAGAAUGCUUUGUAACCCAUCCAGAAUAUGUUGCUUUAUGUGGCAGUACCUAGUUCAGUAUAUCCUUUUAAAUGAUUGUAAUUUAUAUGUUUCUUAUUAUGAGAUAUGUGUGCAAAUGCAGUUUUUGUAUCUCCUCAUUAUAAUGUGAUAAUUAUAGUAUUAAUAAUUAUUAGUGCAUUUGUAUUUGCCACCUCCUUUUUCUUUGAGCAGCCCCUGGAAGAAGUAAAAUAUCUAAAAUAUCUUGGGUUAAUUUGUGGAAUAAAAUCUUUUUACAAAUG